AUGGCUGACAUAAUCCCUGUGACUGACGAGGUUUUCUCCUGCGGGACCAGCCGAGCCUUGGCACUUCCCUUCUCUCACAUUCGAGGCCAUGUUCCAACGGCGGAAGGCGGUUUCCGUAUCCCAGACCCUCCUUUGACCCAGUCUCGAGGCCUUGGCAGACAUUCCCGACGGGAAAUACCCGGCCAAGUCAAGGCUGCAAAAUUCUUUGUGGCGCAGUUGUUUGCUCUGGCUCAGCCCUAUGUUGUGUCGCGUCUCGGCGUUGGCCUAGCUUGCAAGGAUUGGUUCCGGGUCUUCUUCUAG